ACACACAAACACACACACUCACAUAUGUCUUUUUCCUUGACGAACAUUCUCGUACUAUACGUUUUACUAGUGCUGAUAAUAUUGUACAUGGCUGGCUGCGUUGACGAGCCGAGCUUCAAGCACUAUUGCCGAGUAUGCAAGAAGGGUUUUAUGUGCGGCCGCGCCCUCGGCGGCCACAUGCGUGCCCACGGCAUCGGCGACGAGAGCGGCGGCAACCUCGACGACGACGACACCCUCAGCGAUUGGGACGGCCACCACAAAUUCGGCGGCGGCGGCGGCGAUGUUAGGUCUAACAAUAGCAACAAGAAGAUGUAUCAAUUGAGGACGAACCCUAACCGGUUGAAGAGUUGCCGAACAUGCGAGAAUUGCGGCAAGGAGUUCUUGUCGUGGAAGUCAUUUCUCGAGCACGGCAAGUGCAGCUCCGACGACGCCUCCGACUCGCUUGUUUCUUCCCCCGAGGAAUAUUCCGGCGACGACGGAGGGCGGCGCGGAGGAGGAGGGUGGUCGAAACGGAAGAGAUCCCUCCGUUCGAAAGUUGAUAAUAAUAGUAACUGCAUUAGUUCCCCGAGCGAGGACGAAGAUCUUCUUAUGGCGAGAUGCUUGGUACAAUUAGCCAACACCACCGUGGAACCGCCGCCGCCUGCGGCAGCAGCGGCCGAGCCGGAGGAGUCGUGCGCGUCGGCCAGCAGGGAGGAGGAGCGGCGGAACCCUAGAACGGCUUAUUUCGCACCGCCACCGAAGAACAUUAGGGCGGCGGCGGCGGCAACUACGUCUUUCGAUCAUCAACAGAAGGCGGCGAAAGGGCUGUUCGAAUGCAAGGCGUGCAAGAAAGUUUUCAAUUCCCACCAGGCGUUGGGCGGCCAUAGGGCCAGCCACAAGAAGGUCAAGGGUUGCUACGCCGCCAGACAAGAUCAAAUUACAGACGAACAAAACAACAACAACAACAACAAUGGUGGUGGUGGUGCUACGCUACUGCGGCCGCCGCAGCCGGAGGAUGACGUCAUCACGAAUGAAGAAAUGUUCGCGCCGUCGAAAUUCGAACAGGGCGGCGGCGGCCACCAUCCUCCACCGCCGGCGGCGCUUGUCGGAGCUGCUAGAAGAAAGUCGAAGGUGCACGAAUGCUCCAUUUGCCACCGGGUCUUCAAUUCGGGUCAAGCACUUGGCGGGCACAAGAGAUGCCAUUGGAUCACCUCAAAUAUUUCUCCAGCAGACACAACAACUUCUAAUUCCUUACCCAAAUUCCACUUCCAAGACAAUGCAGAUCCAAUUAUCCACGGUGGCAAUAAUACUAAUAACAAAUUUAAGGCUGACGUGUCGGACAAGCUGGACCUCAAUGUACCUGCAUGGGCACACGUGUCGGGAGUGAGGCGGGACCCACGGAACCCGUUGAGCUUCGAGGUGUCGACGGACAUGCAACUCCAAGUCGUCGGAGAGCAACUUAUAAAGAAAGACGAAAAUAAUAACAAAAGUAUUAAUUUGAGCAAAAACAAAGUGAAGAACGAAACGACGAAAUAUGAAGAUGAUGACGAAGAUGAAGCGGAUAGUAAGCUGAAGUUUGCCAAAUUGAGCGAUUUGAAGGAAAUGGAGACGAGUGGCAGUUCUUCGCAGUGGUUACAAGUCGGGAUUGGCUCGACGACUGAAGCUGCGGCUGCGGUAGUUGGUGGUGGUGGCAGCGGCUUUUCUGAUGCACCAAAAUCUGAUAUUUAUGAGCCAAAAGACACAUUUUAUAAUCAUCUUGUUUCAAAAUGUGGAGCUCGAAUUGGGUAA